ACGGAGCGAAAAUAUUUAUUUUUUUUCACAGAACCAGAUUUCAACUAGUCUUUAACAAUAUGUACUUGAAAAAACUUACCAUUAAACGUACGAUUCCGUCAUCCGUUUCCAUAACGAACUAAAAUAUUAACUUUAGUUUGUAUUUCUAAUACGCGUGCAUAUAUUUUUAUUUAUAUAUUAUUUAAUAUAGAAAUUAAAAUAAAAUGACUACAGUUUUUCCUUCGAUGAGUUACUGAUAAAAGAUUAGUGAUUACAUUACAACUGCAGAUGAGGCCGAUGAGGAAUCACAAAAGAAAACGUAGGAACGAUUUUAUAGUGAUUUGGUUUUGGUACAAUAUGAACUAUUAUCUUACAUACUUAUAUUAUAUUAUUAUAUAGUUAUAUAAAUACUAUUAUAUUAUAUAAAAUUAUAAUUUUAUUAUAAUUAAAAAACAGAUGAUAUGAGAUAACAGUGUUAUUCACCUAUAUCUGAUGCGGAGUGGGAACUACGAAUUAUUGGGAACCAAUUUCGGGACUGGAAAGUGGAAAUCAUAUUUUGCCGGCCCAAUAGGGCAAUAGCCCAUUAGUUCAUGAGUUUAUUGACUGAUUGUUUCGGGGUCUUAUCUAGUCAUAAACUUAAUAAAAAUGUUUACCAACACUUACACUUGUUUAGAUUCUGAACAGAUCGAGUAAUGUAUUGGUUUUAUUAAACAUGGUUUUUAUUUUUUAUUAUUAUUUUUAUAUUUAGUUCUUAUAAAAUCGCGCGAUAAUGAUAGAUAAUGUAUUAUCUAUGGAGAUAACAGUGAUUGUUUUUGUAGCACGGAUAUCAAAAACCAAUAAACUUUAGAUUAAUUAAGAUAACACUGUAGUGCCGUACACCAACAUCAUACACGUGUAAUAAGCGUACGAGUUGAACGUUCCAGCCGUGUUUACCAUUUCAUUUGGAAACGCUUGCGAUGGCAAACAAACGAAGAAAAAUAAAAAUAUUCAAGUCAAAGAAGAAGAAGGAAUCUAUUGACGUAGUCAUUAAAAAUCUUAAAGAAUCGUACGAGCAGGUAAUAUUAAGAUUUUCGAUUUUUCUUUUAAAAAUGUUUUAAUGUUUGUCAUUUAUUUCCAUUUCCCGUUUUUGAAUUUCUUUUGUUAUACCCAUUAGGUGAGUAGGUAUAUUUAAGAUUAAAUAGUUUAAGUGGCUGCUUGGGUUUUAAAUGUAAUUUUUUCACAAAUCAAAUAACCUGUGAAAUUUAAGUGAUUGCUAAUUCAUUUUAUUGAAAUGCAUUAGACCGUAUUUAUUAUUUAAUAUUUAAUCUCUACCACUUAAUAUAAGAAUAAUAAAUACUGUAAACAUAUUUUACCGUAAUAGAUAAUGUCCCAGCCUAUUAGGUUUCUUAUAAAACCGAGUAUUACAAAAUAUGCUUAGUGUUCUUUAGAAAACAGUAAAAAUUAUUAAGGCAUUUAAAGCAGAAUUUUGAUUUUUAAAUUUUUAUAAUCUAAAAAUCCAGUAUCUCAUGCAUACAAGAAAAUUCAGUUUUCUAGAAUUGAUUUCUAUCUAUAGUAAUUUAGCUUUAUCAUUGGUCUCUUUUCUGACUGAUAUAGAAGUAUAUUUUUCUGUAAAAAAAUAGAAAUUUAAAAGAAAAUUUAAAUUACUAAUCAUUAUAAUAAUAAUGUUUAAAGAUUUAAUCAUAACAAAAUAAAUUAAAAGUACCUAGUAAUUAAAAUAAUAUUAAGAUAGAAAAUACUAUUAUAUUAUGAUGCAAGUUUGGAAAACCAAUUACAGGAAUAAGUAUUUUGUUCAUAACAAUAUUUUAAAUUUGUUCAAAUUAAUAUUAAAGUUAAUAGCUGUAUAUUGAGGUAGUAACAGAAAGCAUUCUAAACAGAAUCUUACCUAUGUAAAUUAUAAUUUUAUUUUAGUAAGAAAAACUAAAUCAAGAAAAAAAUCUGUUUUGUAUACAAUCAUAGUAAGUUGUAUAGAUUAUGGUAUCUGUGAAACUAUUAUGUUUAAGUACUUAAUUUUAAAAUAUAAAUAUCAAAUUUGAGUUAUGUUAUUCUUAGAUUGACCCGAACACUAUUGAAAAAUUUGAAGAUUUUCCCUUGUCAGCUCCAACAUUAAAAGGAUUAAAGGAAAACAAAUACUUUGUACCUACUGAAAUACAGCGUGAAAGCAUUGGCUAUAGUUUACGUGGUGAGGACAUAUUGGGUGCUGCUAAGACUGGUAGUGGUAAAACUCUUGCUUUUUUGAUACCAGUAAGUAAACUAUUAGAAACAUUAUAAACAAUUUGUUUAUGCCUAUUAUAAUUUAUAAGGUAUUGGAAAUAUUAUAUUGCAACAAAUGGACUCACACUGAAGGAUUGGCUGCAUUGAUUAUAACUCCAACAAGAGAGUUAGCAUAUCAAAUAUUUGAAACAUUACGUAAAAUUGGGAUCCAUCAUGACUUUUCUGCUGGUUUGAUUAUAGGUAAGUGUUUCAUGAUACCAGACAUUAGACAUAUUGUAUAUUUAGAGUUAAAUACAAAGAUGACCUUAAGUCUUUAGAAACCAUUGAAAUCACUCACUCGAUAAACAAAUAAUAGAAAUUCAAAAAAUAGAUAUAUCAAUAAAUUAGAAACUUUCUUUGUAUCAGGUUGGUAAAAAGAAACAUUUCCUCAAACCGAGUCUACACCAACGCGCAAAAUGUUUUGCAAUAGUUGGCGCUGUCAGUUUGAAUUAGGUUUGAGCACUGACAAACAUGUGCGUUCAUGUUGUGCGUUGGUUUGCGGGAAAUGAAAAAUUUGUUUGGCAUGUUUUGUUGUUUUGGUUUAGGCGAGAAUUAAGAAAGUAAUAAGAAAGUAUUGUUGGAAAACAUUUCAUUAUGUUGCAUUACGCACAGUAUGGGGAUGCCUAUGCUUACAAUAAUAUCGCAAGUUAUAAAAUGUUGUAGCCAUUAAUUAAGAUGUAUAUCUUAAUAUCUAUUAUCUAUUAUUUAUAUCUUAAUUUGUGGUUGUAACUACAUUACAGUCACAUUGCGCAUUUAGGGUCAUUAUUCAAAUCAAAUGUAUAUAAAAAUUGCUCAACUGAUCGAAUGUCGCUUCUAUAUUGUUUAUUUAUAAUAUCCUUAUUGUAAAUUAUUUAUUUAGUAAUUUUUGAAAAAUUAAAAGUAUACACAACUUUCUUUUAGGUGGAAAGGAUUUAAAAUUUGAGCGCAAACGUUUAGAUCAAUGUAACAUAAUGAUCUGCACACCCGGGCGUUUAUUGCAACAUAUGGAUGAAAAUCCAUUGUUUGAUUGUUCUAAUAUGUUGGUGUUAGUGCUGGAUGAAGCUGACCGUUGUCUUGAUAUGGGUUUUGAAAAUACCAUGAAUAAUAUUAUAGAUAAUUUACCCCCUGAAAGGCAAACUCUUCUUUUUUCAGCCACUCAAACCAAGUAGGUAUUCGUGAAAUAUUUAAUUUUAAAAGUUUUAAAUAUUUAUUGUAAACUAACUAUAUUUUGUAUGUAUUUUCAGAUCUGUAAAAGAUUUGGCAAGACUUAGUUUAAAUGAUCCUCAUUUCAUUUCAGUGCAUGAAGCAUCUGAGCAUAGUACGCCAACAGGCCUAGUUCAGAGUUAUAUGGUGUGUGAAUUGCAUGAUAAAAUGAGUCUAUUAUGGUCUUUUAUUAAAAAUCAUUUACAUCAUAAAGUGCUUGUGUUCAUGUCAAGCUGUAAACAGGUGGGUGUAUUAUAAUUUAAUAAAUAUUGCUGAAAUAUCUGAAAUAUUAUUAUUUAUUUUAGGUAAAAUAUUUUUAUGAAAUAUUAUGUAAACUUCGUCCUGGAACUAGUCUCUUAGCAUUGUAUGGUGCUAUGCAUCAAACAAAACGAAUGGCGGUGUAUGAAUCGUUUAGUAAAAAACAACGUUCAGUUCUCUUUGCUACUGAUAUUGCUGCUCGAGGACUUGGUAAUUAACUGAUGUUAUUAUUAGGAUUUGAAUUUAUGUAUUAAAUUUAUAAUUAUUUGUGUAAACCUAAUAUUGAACAAACAGUUUAUUAAUAAAUUAUAUUUAUUUAAAGUUUAAAUUGGUAUCUAAUCAUAUAAUUUAAAUUUAUAUUUAUUUUUAUUCUAGAAAAAUGUUUAUUUUAGUUAGGAGUACAUAAAUAGUUGAAUUAUAUUUAUUAAUAAAGAAACCCAAGUAUUUAGUUAUUAUAAUUCAUAACUAAUAUGUUUAAUUUUAAUGUUUUGUGUAUAAUUUAGUUUUAUUUUUUAUUCAGAUUUUCCUUCUGUAAAUUGGGUUGUUCAAUUGGAUUGUCCAGAAAAUGCAAACGAGUAUAUUCAUCGUGCCGGUAGGACAGCUAGAUUUCAAAAGUCUGGAGAAUCAUUACUAGUACUUUUACCAUCUGAACUAGCUAUUUUAGAGCAAUUGAAAAAUAAAAAAAUACCUAUUCAAGAAAUAAAGUAAUUAUUUAGAAAAUCAAUGAAAAAUUAUUUUUUAAUUAAAAUUAGUGUUUUCUUAUAGAGUCAAUCCAAAUAAAUUGACAUCAGUGCAACGUACAUUGGAAGCAACUUUGGCAAAAGAUCACAUUUUAAAAGAAUCUGCUCAACGAGCAUUUGUUUCUUAUAUUAAAUCCGUAUUCUUAAUGAAAGAUAAAAAUGUGUUCAAUGUCUCAGCUUUAAAAACUGAUGAAUUUGCUACGUAAGUGUUUUAAUAAAUUAUUAUAAUUGUAAUAUUAUUUUUUUAAACACCAAAUUUUAAAAUAUAAUUGAAUACUGCAGGUCAUUAGGCUUAGCAAUACCACCACGUGUGCGGUUCUUACAGAAAUGGAAAAAAGCUAAAGAAGCUAAGAAAAAAGAAAAAGAAUCACUUGCUCAAACAAUGGUUGAAGAUUUAAAUAGCAACUUAAAUAAAUUAUCUGAUUCUGAAAUUUUGGAUGAUGAACCUGAGCCAAGUCGGCUGUCCUUCAAUGAUUCAUAUAAUUUUAAUAAUGGUAAUUUUUGUAAUUUUAAUUAAAUGUACACUAUUUUGAAUUUAUAUGACAGUAUGGUAUUUAAAAUAUAAAAAGUAUUCUCACAUUUAUGAGAAAUCCUAAUCAAAAACUAUUAUUUUUAUAAUAAAUUAAAAGCUUUUAGAUCCAUUACUCUUCAAAUUUUCAACAUUGGUUUAGCUUUUUAAAUGUUUCUCAUUAAGGUUAAAUUGAUAAAUAUAUAUAUAUUUUUUUUAAAUUUGUUUAAGAUGAUAAUAGUGAUGAAGAAAAUGACAAUUUACUUACUUUAAAACGAAAAGAUCACAAUAUCCCAGAAGCGGAAAAUCUAGAAUAUGAGGAGGAGGAGGACGUGUCAUUCGAUAUUUCUAAUAAAAAGAAAAAGAAACCGUUGACUAAAGCUGCAGUGGCAAAAAAAAUGAUUAAAAAGCAAAUAAAACCAAAUUUGAAAACUGUUUUUGAUGAAACUGGAGAGGUAAGGACCGUAUGGGUAACUCCAAUUUACUAAUUCAAUAUAAUAAAUGUAUUUUUUUUUUUAUUUAUAGGUUGUUGUGGACAGAACUAAAACGAGAGUUUCACAAUUUGCUAAAGAAUAUGAGAACAAUGAUGAAAAAGGUGGUAUUAAUAUAGAAGAGGCCAAACAAAUGAUGCGUGCAGAGGACAUACAUGACAAAAAAUUAUUUAAAGAGAAGGUUAAAGCUAAACAUAAGGACGAAAAGAAAAAGGCCAAAGAAGAAACUAAAAGAGCUGAAAUGGAAGAUGAGAGUUCUAGUGAUGAAGCAUCUGUUGACUUGUCAUGGUUGCCCGAUCCAGACAAGGUGUAUGGAAAACAUGAGAGUGGAGAAUCAGAAGAUGAUUUUAAUCCUUACAUUAACUCUGGUUCUGAGCCUGAAUCUGAUAGGUCUGAUUAUGAAUCAUCAAACAUUCAUAGGUAAUUUAAAUCACAUUUUAUAGUUUUAGGUUUUCUUACAUUUAUUAUAGACAUGUAUUUUAUGUUAUUUUAGAUGUAUUACGUUAUAUUUUUACUCAGUAAAACUUUUGUUAAUGCUAAUUUUAUUUAGGCCUGUCAAGUGUUAUGGGAAAAAUACUUUAAUACUUCUAUAUAGUUAAAAUAUAAGAUAACAUAAUAGAAAAUAUAUAUAAGUGCAUGGUUUGCCCAAAUUAUUUAUGGCAGUUAUCUUAUCAAAUCAUGAUAACAUGAUGAACACAGUGGGUCUGUGUAUUUUAUCAUGUUACAUUAGUUUCUAAUGUUAGUUGAUAAUGUUUCGAAGUGCUUGGUCCAAACAAAACCACCUAACUAGCAGACAAAUUCAAGCAGUUAGAGUAUUAAUGAAGAUAUAUAUUCAUAAUUAUAUCUUGGAAAAUAUUAACUUUCAGAUUUUAAUUUUUUUUGACAAUUUAAGAAGCAACUAGCUUUAAAAUGUAAAAUUACAAUUUUUUUUAUCAUCUUUAAUUUAUCUACUUUUGAUUUUCAAAUUGCAAUUUAUGUUGCAAAUUCUACAAAUAGAUAUCAGUAUUUGUUUAAAUACAUUAUAGUGUUAAUAUUUUUGAUUCUUGUUAACCCUUUAAUGAGAUAUUUUACUUUUAAAUUUGGUUAGGGGGAGAGUAGUGAAGCAUAAUUUGUGUAGUGGUAUAGAUUGUGGCAUUUGAAUAGUGCUUUACUACUCUCCCCUACACAUACUUUAAAGUGGAAUAUCUCUCCAACAGAUUGGCCGAUUUAAAAAAAUGUUAUUACCUAAAUGUACUAAUGUAUUUUUAUACAAAUUUAAUUAUAAACUUAGUAUAAUAAUAUUUCCUUGUGAAUCAUGUUUAUUAUUAAUUGCGUUUUUUUUUUUUUAUUAACAGACCACCUAAACGAAAGUUAUUGACUAAUAAGAAGAAUAGUAAUAAACGUCAAAAAUUGAAAGAAGACUUGUCUGAUGAUCCAAUAGAUACAGGUUUAAGCCUCAUGGAAGAUGAAGAAUUAGUACUUAAAAUGUUAGAUACAUCAUAAGUCAUGCUUAAUAAUGUUAUUUGUUUUUUCUUUCUGUAUUGUUGAAGUUAUAAUAUCUAUGUAUCAAUGAAACAAAUAACAAAUUUGAAGACAAUUUGAUUUUGUUAUUUUUUAUUAUAAUGCAAUAUAUUCAAAUUUUUGCAAAAUAACCCUUAGCAUUUAUUUUUAAAAGUUAUUUAGUUGGUAUGAUUGAUGAAUAUUCAGUGAUGCAGGCAAAGUUUUCAAAAUGAGGCGUUGGAUAAACUUGGAACACAAACAUUUGUACUUGAUUAUUUUAAAAAUAAUUACUUUACACUAUUAAAAUCCAUACUAUUAGGUAUUAAAUGUUAUUUGCUCAAAAUAUAUACCUCAUAUUAUACUCGCCUACAUAUAUUAAUGUUUUAUGAUAAUAUCUAUAUUUCUCAAGGUACCUAUUAAUAUCUUUAUUUAAUAUUAAAAUAAUUUAUGAGUAUCAUAUUAUCGACUAUUGUAUAUAUAUAUAUAUUUUUAAAUUUAAAUUUUUGAGAAAAACCAUCUACGCAAAAAAAUGCAUAAUAAGACAUACACAAGCGUGAGAAAGAAGUUAAUGGAAGAAGCCACCAUUAGUGUCUUCACCAUCAUUCUUAAAUUGACAAUAUGCCUACAUAUUGUGUUCAAAACAAAAAAAUAGAAAAAUUUGCAUCGGCCAAUUUAACUAGAAAAAAAAAAAAAAAAUGGGGCGAGCAUGCUUAGUGAAUCCUUUUAAUAAAAAUUCCUUUAUUUACAUUUCAUGUUUGAUUACCUAAGGCUAAUGUUGAAGCACUAAAUGCUGAUUUAACAAUUUUGGUUGGUAUUAUAUUAGAAACAGGGG